AAUUGUGUCGCUUUUAUCAUGGAAGAUCAGCUGCGAACACUUUGUCUGGAAUCGAUAGAAGAGUACACAGACUACCUCUGCAACAGAAACCACACAUGUUGCGGCUUUGACGUUAAAAUGACGAUACGAAAUUCAAUCGUAUCGUUCGACCCGACAUUUCAAGCCUUUGUGGAAACAAUCUCGACGAUGCUAAAUUCAUUGCGGGAUGCUGUCGGUAGUGUGCCACGCGUUGAAUCGCUCUUGAAUAUCGAUUGCCAGAUGGAAAACUCCGAUCGAAAAUUACUCGAGCCGUACGUGUCGGAAGAAUGUGUGGAGGAACAUCUGGAGGAAAUUACGCGACAAGUGGAGAAAGAAAAAAUUGGCCCUAUAGUCCAGCAAAGGGAAUUUGAAAAGUACCAGAGUUUCAUGGACGACUCGGAGAGCGUGAAAGUGGAGGAAUUGCUGAAAACCGACACAAGCGGUGACAACUUUGAACGUUAUCGAUCUUUAAUCGCAUAUUACGAUCGUUUGUCUCGAUCGGUGAAAGUCGAGUUUCAUCGAACCUAUUUCGCUGGAUUUUUCGUUGUUCACCGUAGAGAGGUUCUCGAGUAUAUCGGUUCGGUGUCCCGCAAAAUCAAGGAGGAAUUGCUCGCUAAAAUGAUCGGCGAGUAUCAACAAAAGUCUCGAACCGUAGGGAACGAGUAUCAACGUAUCGUGGAUCGUGCGUUGAGCAUUCCAGCAAAUACGAAGGAACUAAUGGAGCUGAAGAAAUUUAUUCGCGUGACAGAAACGGAAACUCUGGACCAACUGAAAGCACGACUGAGAGAAAUAAUAAAAUAUAUCGUUGUUUUAUCGGAUUACUCGAUCCUCAGCCCUGUCGAAGUAAAAAUCAAUAAUUUUGCUUUCCAAUGGUAUUACAAACUUGGGGAAAUUUUCAAGCAACAUCGAGAAAUCGUUUCGAGUAAAAUUGAAGAAUUUCAACAGAGCCUGAGAAAAAGGAUCGAACAAUUUGAAAGGGAGCUCGAGACGUUAGCCAGGUACUGCGACGAAUUGCAGUACUGGGGUAACAUCGAGGAGAUCUAUCGAUACAAAAAGAAGGCCGAUCGUUUGGAGAACAAGCUGAUCACCGCGAUGGAUGUGAUCGAUGGAUUCAACGAGGAAGAGGAGUUGUUCGGUUGGGAACCGUCUCAGUAUCCGUUACGAAAGGCGGCAGCGGACAAGCUAUCGCCGUAUAAAAAACUGUACGAUGCCAGCUGUGAUUUUCUAACUAACUACGAUACGUGGAUGAGUUCGAUCAUAGGUUCUCACGAUCCGGAGGAGAUCGACACCGAGACAGGACUCGCUUAUCGAACGGUGUACAGGUCGGAACGGUCGAUUCAGGAACCGACGGCGAAAAAGCUGGCCGAAACAACCCGAAUAAAGAUAGAAGAGUUCAAAGAGCAUAUGCCUGUGAUAUCUACGCUUGGUAAUCCAUCGAUGAAGCAUCGUCACUGGGAACAAGUGUCGGAAAUUGUUGGCUUUCCGAUAAAAGUCGACGAAACGACGACGCUUGCCAAAAUUCUCGAUUACGGUUUAGACGACUACGUUGCAAAGUUCGAAGGAAUAUCGGAGGCAGCGUCGAAGGAAGGGAGUUUGGAGAAGGCUCUGGCUCGAAUGCACCUCGAUUGGGCAGAUAUCACGUUCACCGUGAAUCCUUAUCGCGAUACCGGCACCUACGUGAUCGCCAGCGUCGACGACAUACAAUUGCUUUUGGACGAUCAUCUGAUCAAAGCUCAGACUAUGAAAAAUUCCCUUUAUAUUAAACCGUUUGAAAAGGAGACUUUAGAAUGGGAGUCGAAGCUGCGCUUGUUACAAAGUAUCAUGGAUUAUUGGCUACAAGUCCAAGCAACCUGGAUGUAUCUCGAACCGAUAUUUUCAUCGCCUGACAUUCAACAGCAAAUGCCGGAGGAAGGUAGACGUUUCAGCGCUGUGGAUAAGAUCUGGAGAGAAAUUAUGUCUCUGGUAGCGUCAGAUCCUCGAGUACUGUCCGUCGCUGAAAUCGACAAGAUGCUCGAAAAGUUGAAGAAAUGUACGAAUUUGCUGGAUCUAAUACAGAAAGGGCUUACCGCUUACUUGGAAAAGAAAAGAUUAUACUUUCCGCGAUUCUUUUUCUUGUCGAACGACGAACUCUUGGAAAUAUUGUCAGAAACGAAAGAUCCUACCAGGGUACAACCGCAUCUGAAGAAAUGCUUCGAAGGAAUUGCACGUGUGAAGUUCACGUACGAUUUAGAAAUAACAGCUAUGAUAUCGUCCGAAGGCGAAGAGAUAAUUCUUGAAACUACGAUCGACACAAUGGCGGCUCGAGGCCAAGUUGAAAAGUGGUUGCUCGAGCUUGAGUACUCCAUGAAGAAGAGCGUUAGAGCCCAGGUGAUACGAGCAAAGGACGGGUUUUUAAAACAAAUCAGAUCGAAAUGGGCUUUAGAGUGGCCUGGUCAGACUGUGAUUUGUGUGAGUAAACUUUAUUGGACGGCCGAGGUAACGGAUGCGAUAUCGAAAUCGGUGAAGGAUGUGGAAGAUUACGUGAACAUUUGUACGAGGGAAUUGAACGAGAUAGUAAAAUUGGUUCGCGGAAAGUUGUCGACGCAAAAUCGCACGACAUUAGAGGCAUUGGUUACGAUGGACGUUCAUAGCCGAGACGUUGUAGCGGGACUGUUCGAACAACGAGUUACCGAUACGACCGAUUUUAAAUGGCUGGCUCAAUUGAGAUACUACUGGACGGAGGACAAUUUAUGGUCAACGAUGAUAAACACGUCGUUGAGAUACGCUUACGAGUAUCUGGGUAAUACGUCUAGACUGGUGAUAACACCUUUGACCGACAGAUGUUAUCGUACUUUAUUCAGCGCGUUGAGCUUGCAUCUCGGUGGUGCACCUGAGGGUCCGGCUGGAACCGGCAAGACCGAGACGACCAAGGAUUUAGCCAAAGCUGUAGCUAAGCAGUGCGUUGUGUUCAAUUGUUCCGACGGUCUCGAUUACAUCGCGCUGGGUAAAUUUUUCAAGGGAUUGGCAAGUAGCGGUGCAUGGUCCUGCUUCGACGAAUUCAAUCGAAUCGAUCUGGAGGUACUGUCGGUGGUGGCGCAACAAAUCUUAACGAUUCAACGAGCCAUUAACGCUGGAAAGGAUAAACUUGUUUUCGAGGGUACCGAAAUCAAAUUGGACCCCACCUGUGCCGUUUUCAUUACCAUGAACCCAGGAUAUGCAGGAAGAUCCGAACUACCGGAUAACUUGAAGGCGCUCUUUCGGCCGGUCGCGAUGAUGGUGCCAGACUACGCUUUAAUUGCUGAAAACACGUUGUAUUCGUACGGGUUUUACGAAGCACGACCGCUCUCGGUGAAGAUCGUAACAGCUUACCGGUUGUGCUCUGAACAAUUGUCGAGCCAGAAUCAUUACGAUUAUGGGAUGAGGGCGGUGAAAUCUGUUUUAGUAGCGGCUGGUAAUCUAAAGAUCAAAUAUCCGGACGAGAACGAAGAUAUGUUGGUGUUGCGCAGCAUCAAAGACGUUAAUCUACCAAAGUUUCUUAGCGAAGAUUUACCGUUGUUCAACGGCAUCACGUCCGACCUAUUUCCUGGUGUGAAACUUCCACAACCGGAUUACACCGACUUGAACGCGUCCGCUUACGACGCCUGUGCGGCGUCCAACGUGCAAUGCAGCGCUGUCUUUUUGGAGAAGAUACAGCAGAUAUACGAGAUGAUGAUCGUUCGGCACGGAUUCAUGAUCGUUGGUUUGCCGUUUGCUGGAAAGACAACAGCUUAUAAAAUACUGGCGGACGCUUUGAAACUUUGCGAAGAACGAAACCUGAUAAACGAGCACAGCGUAGAAACGUUCGUGAUCAAUCCUAAAGCUGUUACCUUGGGUCAGUUGUACGGGCAAUUCGACCCGGUGUCCCACGAAUGGUCCGACGGAAUUUUGGCCAUCAGUUAUCGUGCUUUCGCCACCUCGACCAACGACAAUCGAAAGUGGCUAAUUUUUGACGGGCCGAUAGACGCGGUAUGGAUCGAAAGCAUGAACACGGUUCUCGACGAUAAUAAGAAACUCUGUUUAAUGAGCGGAGAGAUAAUUCAGUUGUCACCCUCUACCAAUUUGGUAUUCGAAACGAUGGAUUUGGAACAGGCUUCACCGGCAACUGUAUCUCGUUGCGGAAUGAUCUAUAUGGAACCUGGUGCACUCGGCUGGGAUCCUUUGCUUAAAUCUUGGAUAGCUGAUGCCCCAGCUGUAAUGGACGAGUGGUUGAAAAACUUUGUAUAUCGGUCGCUGUUUCGAAGGUUUUCCGUUCCUAUAUUAUAUUGGCUCCGUCGCGAGGAUGUCGAGAAAAUUUGUCCCAUGCCCGACUCGAAUCUUAUGCGCGGCUUGACCCAUCUGUUGGAUUGUUUCCUCGACGAGUACCGCGACGAGAAAAUUGCCAAGGAAAUGGACGAGUUGGAUCUUCGAGCACAAAUCGAGGGCUCGUUUUUCUUUUCGUGCAUCUGGGCAUUGGGAGGUACACUGAAGGUAAACUCGAGAGAAAGCUUCAGCGUUCUUUUUCGGGGCUUUCUCGAGAGAAGCUUUCCUUCGAACUUGGUGGAAGAGUUUCAGCUGAGGGAGCCGAUAGAACCGCCUUUAAAGCCGUAUAUAUUCGUUAUGCCGCGGGAUGGCCUGGUCUUUGACUAUAAAUUCAUCAAGGAGGGGAAAGGAAAGUGGAGAUUAUGGUCGGAUGAUUUGCUCGAUAGUCCACCGAUUCCUCGAGACAUUCCCGUGAAUCAAAUAAUCGUACCCACGGUGGAGACGAUGCGAUACACGGCUCUGUUUCGUUUACUAGUGAGCAACGAAAAGCCUGUGCUGUUUGUGGGUCCAACUGGAACCGGAAAGUCGGUCUACAUAAUCGAUUUUCUAUUAAAGAAGAACGAUCCUGCGGUGAACAAACCGUUGAUUGUUAAUUUUUCCGCGCAAACCACAGCGAACCAAACUCAAGACACGAUCAUGGGAAAAUUGGACAGGCGACGAAAAGGCGUUUACGGGGCGCCUAUAAGCAAACGCUGGAUCAUUUUCGUCGACGAUCUCUCGAUGCCGUUGAAAGAAAUUUACGGAGCACAGCCGCCGAUCGAACUGUUGCGACAAUGGCUGGAUCACGGAGAAUGGUACGACAGGAAAGAAAAGAGCAUGAUAAAGCUGAUCGAUGUCCAUUUGAUGUGUGCCAUGGCUCCGCCUUUUCGCGGUGGGAAGGAUGUCACGGCCCGAUUCAAAAGACACUUUGUCGUUUUAACGAUAUCGGAUUUCGAUGACGAAGUAAUGAUCACGAUAUUCAGUAAGAUUAUCUUAUGGCAUUUGGACACCAGAGGAUUCAGCAAAGAAUUCGAUCCGUGUAUCGAGGAAAUGGUUUUAGGCACGUUAGACGUGUUCAAAGAAAGUCUCGCUAAUCUUUUACCAACACCGGCCAAGUGUCACUAUAUCUUCAAUCUUCGCGACUUCUCCCGCGUGAUACAGGGUGUCCUGCUAUCCGUACCAGAAACUAUGCCGACGUUAACCAGCAUGAGAAAACUUUGGGUUCACGAGAUGCUUCGGGUGUUUGGAGAUCGUUUGAUAGAUCAAGAGGAUAUCUGUUGGCUGGUGGAGGAAAUACGCGUCACGUUAAAGAACCGAAUGAACGUGUCUAUGGACCAACUGUUGGAAAAUCUUCUCCCCUCGCAAAAAGAAGGAUCUGUCACCGAGCGAGAACUUCGAAAAUUGGUGUACUGCGAUUUCGGGGACACGAAGCAGGACGUACGACUUUAUCAGGAGGUUCUGGAUCUUGAGCAAUUACGAGAAAUAGUAGAGAUUUAUUUGGCCGAGUACAACUCUAUGACGAAGAAGCCGAUGAAUUUGGUGUUGUUUCGGUUUGCCAUCGAACAUCUGUCCCGUAUUUCUCGCAUCGUCAAGCAACCGCGAAGUCACGCGCUGCUGGUCGGUGUCGGAGGGACAGGAAGACAAUCGUUGACCAGACUAGCCUCCCAUAUAUCCGACUACGAUGUUUUUCAAGUUGAAGUCACUCAACAAUAUGGCGUUCACCAAUGGCACGAGGAUAUAAAGAGAAUUCUAAAACGCGUCACGGCUACCGAUCUUCACUCCACCUUUCUCUUUACCGACAGUCAGAUUAAAGAGGAGAGCUUUCUCGAGGAUAUGAGCAACAUGCUUAACUCUGGAGAGAUACCCAACAUAUUUACCGCGGAAGAACUAGUCGAGAUUUACGAACAGAUGAAACAAAUAGACAGACAACGGGACCGAUCGGUGCAAACGGACGGAAGCACUGUAGCUUUGUUCAAUCUGUUCGUUCAGAUAACGCGCGAUCAACUUCACAUCGUGUUAGUCAUGUCUCCGAUAGGCAAUCACUUUCGCAAUAGAAUCAGAAAGUUUCCAGCACUGGUGAAUUGUUGUACCAUCGAUUGGCUUCAGCCAUGGCCAGAAGAUGCUCUGUUAGCGGUUGCAACGAGAUUUCUAUCGACGAUCGAACUGACGGAUCACGAGAGAACCGCUGGUAUUGACAUGUGCCAAUUUUUUCACGUCUCUACCGAGACUUUGAGCGUAGAGUUCUUGACUCGAUUGGAUAGACAGGUUUACGUCACUCCCACCUCGUACCUUGAAAUGAUAAACACCUUUAAGGACCUGCUAGGGAAGAAACGGGAAGAGAUAAUAAGCACGAAAACUCGAUACGAGCGUGGGUUGGGCCAGUUGGACGAGACACAGAAGCAGGUGGUAACGAUGCAAGAAACUCUAAAAUCGUUGCAGCCGCAACUGAUAAUCGCGACGCAAGACGUUCAGAGAAUGUUGCUCGAGGUUGACAAGGAGAAACAAGAGGCAGCAGAAUUCGAGAAAGUGGUUAAAAUCGACGAGGAAGCAGCUGUGGUUUACGCGAACGAAGCAGCUGCAAUUAAGGCAGAGUGUGACGCUGACUUGGCCGAAGCGAUGCCAAUUCUGAAACGUGCUCAAAGCGCUCUGGACACUUUGACCACUGCUGACAUUGCUGUGGUAAGGGCGAUGAAAAAACCACCGGGUGGAGUACGAUUGAUCCUCGAAAGCGUUUGCGUCCUCAAGCAAAUAAAGCCGGAGAGAGUACAGCAAGCUGGCGGCACCUUCGUGGAGGAUUACUGGAAGUCGGCUCUUCGAAUGUUGAGCGAUGCAAAGUUUCUCGAUUCCCUGCUCAAUUUCGACAAGGACAACAUACCCGAUAACGUGAUAGAAAAGAUCCGCAAAGAAUACUUGGCCAAUCCGGAUUUCGAUCCGGAAAAGAUAAAGAAAGUGUCAACGGCGUGCGAGGGAUUGUGUCGGUGGGUGUACGCGAUGUCUGAAUACGAUAAAGUAUCGAAAGUGGUUGCUCCGAAGAAGAGAGCUCUGGCGGAAGCUCAACGUACUUACGACCAGGCAAUGAGCACCCUACGAGCAAAACAGGAGCAACUUCGACAAGUGCAGGAAAAAUUGAAAGCGUUGGAAGAGCUGUUGGAAGAAAGAAGAAUGGCUUUCCAGGCAAUGUCCGAUAAAGUGGAGGAUUGCGAGACCAAGUUGAAGCGCGCCGAAGACUUGAUCGGUGGAUUGGGCGGGGAGUACACGCGUUGGUCCGAAACCGCGAAAGCUUUGGGGAAAAGGUAUCAUCGAUUAAUGGGUGACAUCGUGAUUGGUUCCGGUGUGGUCGCGUACCUGGGUCCGUUCACGUUGCCCUUUCGUCUGCGACAAACCGCUAUCUGGGUAGAACGAUGUACCAAUUUAAAAGUGAUUUGUCAUCAAGAUUUUCAGUUACGCGACGUGCUCGGGGAGGCAGCCUUGAUCAGGUCUUGGAAUAUUUUCGGACUCCCGAACGACGCUUUCUCCGUCGACAAUGGCAUCAUCAUCAAAAAUGCGAGGAGGUGGCCAUUGAUAAUAGAUCCUGAGACCCAGGCCAAUAGGUGGAUCAAAAAUAUGGAGCGAGAAAAUAACUUGAACGUUAUUCGAUUAAGUCAACCUGACUACGGUAGAGUGGUGGAGAACGCGUUGCAAUUUGGACAACCGGUGCUUCUCGAGCACGUCGCCGAACAAUUGGAUGCUGUGCUUGAACCGGUCCUUCUUAAAGAGACGUUCAGACAAGCUGGUGUGCUUUGCAUCAAAUUCGCCGACUCGAUUAUCGAAUAUAAUUCCGAAUUCAGACUCUACAUCACCACCAGAUUAAGAAAUCCACAUUACUUGCCGGAAGUAGCGGUUAAAGUAACGCUACUGAAUUUCAUGAUUACACCGGUCGGAUUGGAAGAUCAAUUAUUGGGUAUUGUUGUUGCAAAGGAGAGGCCGGACUUGGAGUCGGAGAAGAACGCUUUGAUCGUACAAGGAGCCGCGAACAAAAAACUGCUGCAAGAAACGGAGAAGAAAAUCUUGGAAGUACUAUCCAUAGCCGAGGGUAACGUAUUGGAGGACGAAGAAGCGGUAGAGAUCUUGACGUCGUCCAAGAAUUUGAGCAACGAGAUUCAAGUGAAACAAGCAGCGGCAGAACAAACGGAAAAGUCGAUCGACGAAGCGAGAUUACAGUACACGCCCAUCGCUGUAUAUUCCACUGUAUUAUUCUUCGCUACCGCUACCUUGAUAAAUAUCGAUCCUAUGUAUCAAUAUUCGUUGUCGUGGUUCGUUCAUUUAUUCGAGCUAGCCAUCGACAACACGGAACCGGCGGAAACCGUUGAACAACGGCUAACUGAUCUUAUGAAAUAUUUCACCUAUUCCCUCUACACGAACAUCUGCAGAUCUGUAUUCGAGAAAGAUAAACUAUUGUUUUCCUUGCUCUUGGCGAUUAAAUUGCUCGAACAACGAGCAAAUCUUUCUCUAUCGCAAUGGACAUUUUUACUAACUGGCGGAAUCGCUAUUGAUAAUCCGCAUGCAAACCCGACAACCUGGCUACCGACCAAACAGUGGAACGAAUUGUGCAACCUCGACGAUGUCGAACAGUUCUCGGGUAUUCGAGUAACUUUCACCAAUAACACCCAAGAGUGGAAAAAAUUGUUCGACUCGAAGGAACCGCAGAACGAACCGAUUCCUCUACCCUUUCAGCAUUCCAAUCUAUUUAAAAGAAUGUUGAUAUUGAGGUGCAUUCGUCCCGAUAAAAUCAUCCCAGCGGUACAAAAUUUCGUCCAAGCGGAACUCGGUGAGCAAUUCGUCGAACCACCGCCGUUCGAUUUAGCUUCGUCUUAUGCCGAUUCCAACUGUUGCACUCCGUUGAUAUUCAUUUUGACGCCUGGUACCGAUCCGGCGCAACUGUUACUCGCGUUCGCCGAUGAGCAAGGUUACAGCGCGAAUCGUCUAUUUUAUCUUUCCCUCGGUCAAGGACAAGGACCGAUCGCCGAGGAAACGAUUCAAACGGCUGUAAUGGUCGGUAAUUGGGUGGUCUUGCAAAAUUGUCACCUAGCGAUCAGUUGGAUGAGCACUUUGGAAAAAAUUUGCGAGGGCCUGGUACCCGAUGCCAUUCAUUCCGAAUUCCGUCUCUGGUUAACCAGCUAUCCAUCCCAACACUUUCCUUCCGUGGUCCUGGAAAAUAGUAUCAAAAUGACCAACGAACCACCAAAAGGUCUAAGGGCUAACAUCGUUAGAUCGUACACCAGCGAUCCGAUCGGUGAUCCGGACUUUUUCGAAUCCUGUUCUCAGACCGAGUACUUCAAAAAACUUCUUUAUUCGUUGUGCUUCUUUCAUGCUGUGAUCCAGGAAAGGCGCAACUUUGGACCGAUCGGUUGGAACAUCACCUACGAAUUCAACGAAACCGAUCUUCGAAUCAGCGUUCUGCAAUUGCAUCUUUUUCUCAAUCAAUUCCAGGACGUAAGAUUCGAUGCUCUUAGAUAUUUGACCGGGGAAUGUAAUUACGGUGGCAGAGUGACAGAUAACUGGGAUCGCAGAACUUUGAAUACUAUUUUGCAGAAAUUUUACUGCCGAGAGCUGCUCGCCGACAAACGUUACUACUUCGACGAAGCUUCGACCAUUUAUUAUUGCCCGAGCUUUCGAGAGCACGAAGCGUUUAUGGAAUACACUAAAAGUUUACCUUUCAUCACUGAACCCAGUGUUUUUGGGAUGAACGAAAACGCGGAUAUCAUCAAAGAUCAGAAUGAAACGAGUCUCUUGUUUUCCUCGCUUUUACUAACUCAGGAAAGAGGUAAAUCUGGAACGGGUCAAGCCACCACAGAUGAAAUAGUGUUUAAAAUGGCAAGUGAUAUGUUAGAAAAAUUACCAGAUAAUUAUGAUCUUGCUGCGACACUUGGAAAAUAUCCUAUGUCCUAUGAACAAAGUAUGAAUACUGUAUUGGUACAAGAAAUGGGAAGAUUCAACAAGCUUACCACCUAUAUUAGAACCAGUCUAGAAAAUAUCAAACGGGCUAUCAAAGGCUUUGUUAUAAUGUCUUUUGAAUUGGAAGAUAUUUACGAUGCAAUUUUAACUAACAAAAUACCUGCUUUGUGGCAACAAUAUUCGUAUCCAUCGCUAAAACCACUUGGUAGUUACAUACACGAUUUGUUAAGCCGUUUGAACUUUCUUCAAGAAUGGCACGAAAAGGGACCACCGGUUCUUUACUGGAUCUCGGGAUUUUACUUUACCCAAGCAUUUCUCACAGGAAGUAGGCAAAACUAUGCGAGAAAAUAUCAAAUUCCUAUAGACCUUCUGAUUUUCGACUUCUUCGUACUGAACGUCGAUACAACUCCCAAGUCUCCGCCCGAGGAUGGAAUAUAUAUAUACGGAUUGUUUUUAGAUGGCGCCAGAUUUAAUAAAGAACAAAUGGCUUUGGAUGAAAGUUUUCCAAAAGUGCUUUACGAAAACAUGCCAACUAUGUGGUUAAUUCCUACGACCAAAGAAAAUAUAAAACAGGAAGUAAAGUAUACUUGCCCCGUCUACAAAACUAGUGAAAGAAGAGGAGUUUUAUCGACUACGGGACAUUCGACCAAUUUUGUUAUCGCUAUGACUUUACCUACGAUAAAACCACCGGAACAUUGGAUUAUGAGAGGAGUCGCCCUACUUUGUCAACUAUCUGAAUAA